UUUGAGAGUCAAUCUUGCUCAGGCCAGGGCUGUGAUUCAGAGUUAAGGAUUGUUCUGGUUGGGAAAACUGGAGUUGGGAAGAGUGCAACAGGAAACACAAUCCUGGGAAAAGAAGUGUUUGUUUCAGAAGCCUCAUCAUCCUCAGUAACAAAGGAGUAUGUCAAGAAAACAGGAACAGUGAAUGGCAAACAGGUUUCUGUAGUUGACACACUGGGCAUGUUUGAUACAAAUAUCCCUCCUGAGAAAAUUAAACAUGAGAUUGCUAAAUUUGUUGUGAUGUCUGCUCCAGGGCCACAUGCUUUCCUGCUGGUUAUUCAGGUGGGAAGAUUCACAGCAGAGGAGAAGAAAACAGUGGAGGCCAUUAAGGAGGUUGUUGGUGAGGGGGCAGCGACCUACACUAUGGUCCAGUUCACCCGCGGGGAUGAUUUGGGAAAGAAGACGAUUGAUGAGUUCAUUAAGGAGAACAAAGACCUCCAGCAGCUUGUUGAGGAAUAUGGGAACAGGUAUCAUGUUUUCAACAAUAAAAGUGGAGAUCGAGAUCAGGUUGAAAAGCUCUUGGAAAAAAUCAACAAAAUGGUGAAGAAAAAUGGUGGCCUUUAUUACACAAAUGAGAUAUAUGAAAAGGCAGAAAUGAUCAGGCGACAUCAAGAGGAGAUUGUGAAAAAAAUGGAACGUGAUCUACUGAAACUGGGAGCAGAGAAACUGGAGGGUGAGCAGAGUAAGGUUGAGGAAAUCAGAAAUCUUAACAAAGAGAUGGAACAGAAAAGAAAGGACAUUAUAAAAGUGAAGGAGAAACUGAAUCCAGCUUUAAUACGGGGAAGUGAAACUGACAGAAAGAUGGCAUCUGUUUAUUCUGAAGAAAGAGGGUUUGAAAGUCAAUCCUGCUCAGGCCAGGGCAGUGAUUCAGAGUUAAGGAUUGUUCUGGUUGGGAAAACUGGAGUUGGGAAGAGUGCAACAGGAAACACAAUCCUGGGAAAAGAAGUGUUUGUUUCAGAAGCCUCAUCAUCCUCAGUAACAAAGGAGUGUGUCAAGAAAACCGGAACAGUGAAUGACAAACAGGUUUCUGUAGUUGACACACUGGGCAUGUUUGAUACAAAUAUCCCUCCUGAGAAAAUUAAACAUGAGAUUGCUAAAUUUGUUGUGAUGUCUGCUCCAGGGCCACAUGCUUUCCUGCUGGUGAUUCAGGUGGGAAGAUUCACAGCUGAGGAGAAGAAAACAGUGGAGGCCAUUAAGGAGGUUGUUGGUGAGGGGGCAGCGACCUACACUAUGGUCCAGUUCACCCGCGGGGAUGAUUUGGGAAAGAAGACGAUUGAUGAGUUCAUUAAGGAGAACAAAGACCUCCAGCAGCUUGUUGAGGAAUAUGGGAACAGGUAUCAUGUUUUCAACAAUAAUAACAUUGGAGAUCGAGAUCAGGUUGAAAAGCUCUUGGAAAAAAUCAACAAAAUGGUGAAGAAAAAUGGCGACCAACAUUACACAAAUGAGAUAUAUGAAAAGGCAGAAAUGAUCAGGCGACAUCAAGAGGCGAUUGUGAAAAAAAUUAAAUGUGAUCUACUGAAACUGGGAGCAGAGAAACUGGAGCGUGAGCAGAGAAAGGAUGAGGAAAUCAGAAAUCUUAACAAAGAGAUAGAACAGAAAAUAAAUGAAAUUCUAAAAGUGAAGGAGAAACUAAAAAUACAGGAGAUGAAACAGAGAAAAGAGAUGGUGGAAGAGCUCAAGAAAGAACUGAAGAAACAUCAAGAGGAACUAGAACGACUGGAGUGGAAACUAAGAGACGUGAAUAAGGAAUGGGAAAAGGUUGAAAAGGAGAUGAAGAGAAAGCAAGAGGAAACCCAGCAGAGCUACGAGAAGGAGAAAGAACAUUCCUAUGAUUAUAUAUAUAUUGCAAAGAUGGCAGCAGUAGGAGUAGCAGGGGCAGCAGUAGUUGGAACUGCAGCAUUUGCUGGAGCAGCUUUAGCAGCACCAGCAGCAGCACCAGCAGUAGUAUUCACAUUUGGAACUGCAGGAGCAGGUGCAGCUGCAGCAGCAUUAUUAGAAGGAGCUGCAGCUGUAGCAGCAGCAGCAGCUCCAUUACUACCAGCAGCUGCAAGUUGUUGUAUUCAGUGAUGUCCUGUUGAUCGAUGGCAGACAUCUUUAUCCAUGUUGCUGUCUGUUUUUUAAAUGAUUGUUAAAUGAUCAUUUACAUAGCUUUGUUUAGAGAAUGUCUUGCAUCUGUUUUGUAUUGCAUAUUUUUUAAUACAAGUAGGCUGUGCUUGCAUAUAUAAUUUCUAUUAGGUACUAUAUAGUCAAUAUAUGUUUUAUAAUGAAUACAGCAUAGAACUACACAUAUUAAUUGUUUCUUCUUCAAUAUUGUUAUGUAAACAUCCCUAUUACUAGGAUUGUGGUUUUUGGAUUGAAAUGCACAAAUAAACAUUCCACCACUAAAGAUUCAUGUGUGUGGAUGUCUAGUCAACUCAUGCAAUAGGGAUUCGCUGUCAUCUUUGCUGUCAUAGCAGUGAGGUCACCACAACUGGGGGGAAAUGGAGACAGCGUUACCGGGCUCCCUCAGAGUCAAUGCACCUUAACCAGUGCACAGUGGACAAUAAUAUGCAGGUAUUUCAAGAAUUUAGCUAUGUAUAAUCACAAUGCACAAAUAUUAGAUUAUAGAAGCAACUGUCAGGACUCAACAUGGAAGAAUAUAUGAAUAUUAUAAGAUGCUUGCUCCAGUAUGUAUGCAUGAUAAAACAGUCAGUGUACACCCACAUGAUAACACAGUCAGUGUGCACCCACAUGAUAACACAGUCAGUGUGCACCCACAUGAUAACACAGUCAGUGUGCACCCACAUGAUAACACAGUCAGUGUGCACCCACAUGAUAACACAGUCAGCGUGCACCCACAUGAUAACAGUCAGUGUGCACCCACAUGAUAACAGUCAGCGUGCACCCACAUGAUAACAGUCAGUGUGCACCCACAUGAUAACAGUCAGCAUGCACCCACAUGAUAACAGUCAGUUUGCACCCUCAUGAUAACACAGUGUGCACCCACAUGAUAACACAGUCAGUGUGCACCCACAUAACAGUCAGCGUGCACCCACAUGAUAACAGUCAGUGUGCACCCACAUGAUAACAGUCAGCGUGCACCCACAUGAUAACAGUCAGUUUGCACCCUCAUGAUAACACAGUCAGUGUGCACCCACAUGAUAACACAGUCAGUGUGCACCCACAUGAUAACACAGUCAGUGUGCACCCACAUUAAUUUCCAGCACCCUGCAACUAUGGUGAGACUUUGAUAGCUUUGCCAGUCUUCUCUUGUGUUUUGUGGACAAACCCAUCGCUGUUGGCUAACAUUUCCAUGUCUGUAAGAAAGACAAAAUGUAUAUUAAAACUUAAAACUAUUGUCUCAUUCGAAA